GAAGAUGAUGCUAAUCAUGCCGCCAACUUGUGCUUUUGUGGUUGGCACGCCUUUUGCAGUUCAAGCAAACUAUUCCACGUGUUCGCGUUGCAAUUCUUAUUAUAAAUACGGUAAUAGAAACUCUCAUACUGUACCUGAAGUUGACAAGCGCUUUAAUGGCUUCUAUUCCCAUUUUUAUGGAACCAAGUCUUUCUGUCGACCGGCUUCAUUCCGAUUUUCUUCAACACAUAUAGAUAAUAACCAGUAUACAGACUUUUUGGAAAGCAUUCGCUGUGAGGAAGAAGACUAUUAUAAUGUUCUUGGUGUUAGCCGCAACGCCAGCACAGAGGAUAUCAAGAAGGCCUUUAGAAAACUGGCUAGACGUUAUCACCCUGACGUAAAUAAAGAACCUGACGCGAAACAAAAGUUUCAGAAAAUUUCCGAAGCGUAUGAAGUGCUCUCAGAUCCUCAGAUGAGAAGUAGGUAUGAUCAGUUUGGGAUGGCUGGUGUAAAGGCUGGUGCAGGUGCAGGUGCUGCUUCGGGUUUUGCUGACUUUGGAGACUUUGGAGAUUUUGGAGCUUUUAGUGAUAUUUUUGAAACUUUCUUUGGUGGUGGUGCAACAAGCUCUCGUAGCAGUUCUCGUCGAAGGAGGAGUGGUCCUCAACAAGGUGAAGACCUUCGUUUGGAUUUAGAAAUUGACUUUGAAAAGGCAGUAUUCGGAGGUCAACAGAAGAUAAAGAUAUCACAUUUGGAGACUUGUACUACUUGCUCAGGCUCUGGUAUCAAGCCAGGUUCCAAAGAGAAGGUUUGUUCAACCUGUGGAGGCCAAGGCAUGGUGAUGCAAGUCGCUCGUACCCCAUUAGGAACUUUUCAACAAACUUCAACUUGCCCAAGUUGCAAUGGUGCAGGUCAAGUAGUUGAGGAUUACUGUCCUUCUUGCAGUGGUCAGGGACGUCGACAAACAACGAAGCAACUGGUUAUUAAUAUUCCACCUGGAGUGGAUAAUGGUUCUCGUCUUCGCGUUCGUAAUGAAGGAGAUGCAGGUCUACGUGGUGGUCCUAGUGGAGACUUGUAUGUAUUUUUAAAGGUUGCUAACCAUAAAACAUUUCGUCGCGAAGGAAUGGAUAUAUAUUCCACUCUAGAAGUUUCUUAUUUAGAUGCUAUUUUAGGCACACGUGUCGUAGUUGCAACUGUUGAUGGAAAUGUACAAGUCGAUAUUCCGCCAGGAACUCAACCAGGUGCAGUGCUAAAAAUAGCUGGUAAGGGAGUUCCGAAAUUAGGAAACAAGUAUGUGAGAGGGGAUCAUUAUGUUACUGUAAAAGUUGUGCUUCCUACGAAACUUCAAGCUGAACAGCGUCAAUUGAUCGAAAAGUUGAGAACGAUGGAAGACUCCGACGGUGAUGAUGGAACUGGAGUAAAGAAGAAGAAAGGGUUUUUUGAUUUCGGUAUUUCUUAGUUUAUUAGAUAUUGUAUUGUAUUUGCAACAAAUACUAAGAUGGACUCAAUAAUAAAGAACGACUAUGUUGAGCACAGGACAAACAAAAUGCGUGGCAUAGUAAUUUUAUUGAGAUUUUUGGUUUAUUCUGGAGCAAGACACGACUACCAAGACAGAAAAUAGUCCCACACAAGUGAAGGACUGGCCUUCAAAAACAGCUUUGUGUUUACAGACACAACAA